GUGUCAAUUAUAAUAUUUUGAACUGGUCAAAUUUCAAUUUUUGGUUUCUGCAUUUCAAUUAUUUUGUCUAAAAAAUACAAUAAUAUUGUACAUUGAACUUAAACAAAUUACAAUGGAAGUUGUUGUAAAUAAAAGACAGAAAAACUUCUCUCGCCUAGAACUUGAAGCGCUGGAAAAACCAGAAUUAAUCAAUAAAAUAAUUCAACUGCAAGCAUACAAUUUUCAACUUAAAAACAUUCUCCAAAAGAAGCUUGACGCUGACUCGUUGGACAGAACAACUAUUGAAUCAGAAAAACAAUCUGUUGAAAAGUCAAAGGAUUCUAAGCGAAAAUUUGAUUUUAAUAAAUCGUCAAAGCGUCACGUAUUGCUCAAAUUCCUCUACUUCGGUUGGGACUAUCAUGGACUAGCAUGUCAAGAAGACUCGAAUGCAACAAUUGAGUAUCACUUAUUCAAAUCGCUUACCCGAACGUGUCUUAUUGAAUCGAGAGAAACAUCGAAUUACCAUAGAUGUGGUCGAACGGACAAAGAAGUGAGCGCUUUCUGCCAGGUAAUAUCUAUUGAUUUGAGGAGUAAAUUUCCGGAAGAUAAACAAUUCACUUCGGAAGGCAUUCAAAAUGAAAUCGAUUAUUGUGGACUGCUUAACAAGGUUCUACCAAAAAAUAUACAAUGUAUUGCAUGGAUGCCACUCCGUUCAAAAGAUUAUAGUGCAAGAUUUGACUGCAAAAAGCGAACGUAUCGCUACUUUUUCCCGAACGGUGACUUAAAUUUAGCAGCUAUGCGAGCAGGAUGUGAACUGUUGAAUAACUGUCAAGAUGCAGAUUUUAGAAAUCUCUGCAAAAUGGAUGUUCACAAUGGCGUAAUGAAUUAUAAGCGAAAAAUCUAUUCAUCUGCUAUACACGAGUGUCCAUAUCAAAAUGAAGAUGAGGACUACAAAAUGUGUUACCUUCAAAUACAAGGAAAUUCAUUUUUAUGGCAUCAGAUUCGGUGUAUAAUGUCGGUGUUGCUGCUAAUUGGAGAAGGAAAAGAAGAACCGACCGUUAUUGAAGAUUUGCUAAAUGUCAGCGCUAAUCCUUGUAAACCACAAUAUACUCCAGCUGCUGCUUUUCCGCUCAAUCUGUAUGAUUGCGAAUUCCGCAAAAUUUCUGGUAAAUCCAAAUCCAAUGAUGAAUCACUUGAUGGUGAGGAAAAAGGAGUAGUAAUAAAUGAUGACUUAACGGAUUGGGUGUAUAAUGAAGAGAAUAUGUCAAAACUUAUUGAAACAAUCCAAGGAGAAUGGACUAAGCAGAGUGUUAAAUCCUUCAUGAUAAGAAGUGUUCUUGAUAGUUUGGAGAACUUAUCCAAAGAACAUUUUAGCGAGUUUAACGUCAAAGCACAAGCAAGCAUACUACAUGAGUGUGUUAAGCGAAAGCAAUAUCAAAAGCUUAUGACUAGAAAACGAUGUGAGAGUCUUGAAAACCGUGUUGAUCAUUUUAUUAAAAAGCAGCGUCUAAUUGUGAAGGAUAGUUGAGCGACUUUUUUUUAAGUAACAACAAUUUUUU